UACCCAAAACGCGACUCUCUCUGUUACUCGUACGCUCUUAUACAACUCCAUGCUCUCUCACAUUUGGCAUUCUGAGACAGGGUGGUCAAAUCCAUUUCUCUCUAAAAGUUGAAGCUUCAACGUUUCUAGGGUUUGUGCACAUACAUAUAUCUAUCUCUUUAUUUUCUUUCUGUUUCUUCGCUAUUUGCGUUUUACGCUACAAAUUUGAAGACAACUGUCUGGGUGUAUUAACUCAAUGGCAUCUUCUGAUGAAGAUGGUGAGAUUGUACCAGAUCACGUCACAAAUUACCUUUUUGUUAAUUGUAAGAAAGAACCCAUUUCAUUCUCCAGUUUGCCACUUCAGUGGUGUGAGGAUGAGAUCCCGAACGGCUCUAGUAUGCAGAUAUUCUUGUACGGAAGUGCAGAUGAUGGGCUUCAGAAAAUUUAUAAGAAGGUCAUAGCAUGGAAAUUUGAACUUUCUUAUGUGCUGCCUGAGAUUUAUGUGCUUACCAAGGACAGGACCUGGAUAAAGCUCCAAAGGCCAAGGAAGAGUUUUGAGGAUACAAUUAAGACAAUUUUGAUCACAGUUCACUUCCUUCACUUCAUGAAAAAGAAUCCAGGAGCAUGUGGAUAUGCCAUAUGGAACCACUUGUCAAGAGCUUUCAGCUCAUAUGAGGUCAAGCCUUCUGAGAAUGAUCUGUUGGAUCACAUGCCAUUAAUCAAUGAAGCUGCAAUGAGGGAUAAAGAUGUAGCAAAAUCUGAGUACUUGGCUAAUUUUCUUUUGGAGAUGCCUGGAAAAAGGAAAGCUUCACAUGAGCAGGAGAAUGUAACAACAAAGAAGUCCAAGUUUAUAGUUGAUGCAUAUAAUGAAGAUAAUGAUGAUGACGAUGACAAUGAUGUUGAUGAUGACAAUAAUGAUGAAUGUGAUGGAAAUGAGGAUGGACUUUUUGAUACUGUUUGUGCAUUUUGUGACAAUGGUGGUGAACUUCUGUGUUGUGAAGGAUGCUGCAUGAGAUCCUUUCAUCCAACUAAAGACUCUGGAGUUGAGACAGUUUGUGACUCUCUUGGCUAUUCUGAUGCUGAAGUUGAAGCAAUUCAGAAUUUCCUGUGCAAAAAUUGUCAACAUCAGCGGCAUCAGUGCUUUAUUUGUGGCAUGUUGGGCUCUUCCAAUAAAACUUCUGGUGCAGAGGUCUUCCCUUGUGUUUCUGCAACAUGCGGCCAUUUCUAUCAUCCAAAAUGUGUAGCAGAACUGCUCCACCCUCGGGAUGAUACUCAAGCUGAAGAACUAAAGAAGAAUAUAGCUUCAGGAGAAUCAUUCACGUGUCCUGCCCAUAAAUGUUAUGUUUGUAAGCAAGGUGAAGAAAAAAAGGUUUUUGAUUUGCAAUUUGCAUUGUGCAGACGCUGUCCUAAGGCAUACCACCGGAAAUGCUUGCCCAGGGAGAUUACCUUUGAAUGUACAAAUGGUACAGAUAUCCAGCAAAGGGCUUGGGAUGGUCUUUUGCCAAAUCGUACAUUGAUAUAUUGCAUGGACCAUAAGAUCAUUCUGGAAAUUGGGACACCAGAAAGAAAUCAUGUUUUAUUUCCGGACAUUGAUGUAAAAAAGAAGCAGCACUCUUUAGUACUGUCAUCCAGCAAAGAGAAGGUGGUGACAGAGGAAAUAAGUAUGGUUUCUGGAAAUGUUAGAGAAAGAAAUUCACUAAAGAUGCAAAAGCAGGUUGAGAAGGUGUAUAGUGCUGUUAAAGGUGGUGAUUGUACCAACAAAACUGAGAGAGGAUUUUCUGGACAAGGUUUUGAACCAAAAACAAAAGCAUUAACUUUGAAGUCUUUAAAGGACAAUAAUAUGUCCUCAGGGAAGACUUACAUGCCCUCUGCAGCAGACAAAAGCAAGUCAUCUUUGAAUCAGUCAAACUCUCUGCUGACUAAGAGGUCAUAUCUAUCUAAGGAGCAAAAUAAUUAUUGUGGUAAGACUGAGAACAAGAUAGCUUCUAAGCCUGUGAAAAAGAUGGCGAGCAAUACACAGCCUUUGAGAUAUGAUACUGAAGUGGAAAAGCGAGUUCUGGGGCUAAUGAAAAAUUCAUCUGCUUCAUUUAAUAUGGAAGAAUUCGUAAUGAAGCAGAGAAGGCUAUCUGGUCGUGCAUAUUCUUCAAGGUUUGCAGUAGACAAGAACAUUACAAUGGGAAAGGUGGAGGGUGCUGUACAGGCUGUUCGAACAGCCUUAAAGAAAUUACAAGAAGGGUGUGCCAUUGAAGAUGCAAAAGCUGUUUGUGAACCAGAAAUUCUCGAGCAGCUUAUCAGAUGGAAGAGGAAGCUCAGCGUAUAUCUUGCUCCUUUUCUCCACCGCACACGCUAUACAUCAUUUGGUCGUCAUUUUACGAAAGUGGACAAGCUGAAGGAGAUAGUUGAUAGGCUCCAUUGGUAUGCACAAGAUGGUGACAUGAUAGUCGACUUCUGCUGCGGUUCUAAUGAUUUCAGUUGCUUAAUGAAAGAAAAGCUCGACAAAAUGGGGAAGAGGUGCUCAUUCAAAAAUUUUGAUAUUAUUCCACCAAAGAAUAAAUUUAAUUUCAAGAAGAGAGAUUGGAUGAAAGUCCGUUUAGGAGAAUUACCUGUAGGACCUCCAUUGAUCAUGGGGCUUAAUCCUCCUUUUGGUGUCCAAGCAAGCCUUGCCAACAAGUUCAUUGACAAGGCUCUCAUGUUCAAACCGAAGCUUCUCAUUCUUAUUGUUCCAAAAGCAGCACAACGACUUGAAGAAAAAGAACCUCCAUAUGAUAUAAUUUGGGAGGAUGAUAGGUUACUCUCAGGCAAGUCAUUUUACCUACCUGGAUCAGUAGACGUGCAUAACCAGCCGCAUUUGGAUCAAUGGAACUUGGAACCACCACCACUAUAUCUCUGGAGUCGCCCAGAUUGGACCGCAAAGCACAAAGCAAUAGCUCAUGAUCAUGGCCACUCAUACAAGAAGCAAAAUGAGAUGCCUGCAGAAGGAAACAAUGUUGAAUUGCCUCUUAACAAAUUUUCAGUGGAGGAGAAUCAUGAUCGUUAUGGUGAUUUCUCCAAUAUAAUGAAUGGAUAUGGUGAUAUCGGUAACAUAUUGUAUGAUGUUCCUGAAGAACUUUAUGAUACUGAAACUAAAGCAACUGUCCUUGACAAGCCGGUAAACAGCCAGUAUUUUGGUGAUGGCAGCUGUGGAUGGAACAAUCUGUCUGAAUAUCCAAACGAGAUGCAGGACGAAGGAAAGGACAUAUUUCUGAAUGAAGCAUCACAGAUGGGAAAACUGGACAGUGGGGAACCUCUGCUAAACGAAGAAGAUAUGUGUGUGGACAUGGACGUGUCAACUCCGACAACUCCAACAUACUCCCCACCCAACAAUACAGACCUCGGAAACUAUUUUGAAGACAAACCAUAUGUAGCCCUUGACACUCCCACAAAGAUGAUUACUACAGAAGAAGGUCUUCAUCAUCUCCAACCGAGCUUUUCAGGACAUCAUUCGGAGUUUGGAACAGAAAAUACCAGUUUUCCUAAUGCCACAGAAGGGGAGUACGGGCAAAUGAAUGAAACCUUUCCAUAUGGGACAUAUUGGGGGUGAAUUGACACUAGUCACUAGUUAUGGUUUCAAUAGCAGAUCUUUCUACGUGAAAGGUAUUGUGGCCAACUUAAAUCAGUAGUUAACAUGAUUGUCUUGAGUAAUGUUAACAAUAUACCUUGUUUAGUCCAGCCUUUGUUGUAGUUAUGAGAUCAGCAAGAAAAUGUAUUUGCCAUAUAUAUAUAUAUAUAUAUAUAUAUAUAUCACACAAUGUCACACGCAUAUAGUUCAGAAUCAAGACUGGAA